CUUAUUGAAAAAAAAAUAUAUCCUUAGGAAUAGCGGUGUACCUCAAGCAGGAAAUAUCACAAAACAUCUAGAGGAAUUCGACAAGGACGUAGAUACUUUCGUAACGAAUCCAGCCAACUCUGGGUUCGGAGUAAUAGAUUUUGAAAGUUGGAGACCAGUUUACAGACAGAACCCCUUCCAGCCUUACCUAAGUUAUUCUGAAAGUAUGGAAACGGUAAAUCAUCCUGGUUGGACAUCUACUCAGAUCAAAGCCGAGGCUAAAAUAAAUUUUGAGGCUGGUGCUAAAGUUUUCAUGAAAGAUACAAUCGAGAGGGCUAGAGCUAAAAGACCAGACGCCCUAUGGGGUUAUUACCAUUUUCCUUAUUGCUAUGCCAAUGGAUCAGUCACUAGUUGUAGCUCACAAGUUCAAGAUGAAAAUGACAGUCUGAAAUGGUUAUUUGAUGCCUGUGACGUUCUAUAUCCUUCGGUAUAUGUGCCAGAAUCGUAUACACAGGCCCAACAAAAACAAUACGUCAAAAAUAAUCUUGAUGAAGCUUUUAGAGUAAGAGAUGAAGUUUCGCCAGGUACAAAGAUUGUUCCUUAUGUGAUGAACAAAUACAGGGAUACUUUCAAUUUCAUGACAGAGGGAGAUAUGAAUGCUACCAUUGCAACUGUUGCUAGUUACGACGUAGAUGCAGUGAUCAUUUGGGGCAGAUAUAGUGAUGCUAACACAGCGACAACAUGCGGGGAUUUAUAUAAUUACAUUGAUACGGUUCUUGGACCGAUUUUGACACAGUUUUAUUAA